AUGUCGCGGAAUUCUCCCUGUUUGAAGCAUGACUUUGGCUGCAAACGCCUGGAAACACUGCGAAAGCCCAUUUUUCAACAAGGUCCUCGUCGGCAAAGGCUGAGAGGGUGCCUGGAGCGGGUGAAGCGUCAGCUUUUCCGCGUCGGGGAGGAUUGGUAUUUCCUCUUCAUCCUGGGGGUCCUGAUGGCCACCAUCAGCUUCAUGAUGGACCUCCUGGUCUCCAGGCUCUACGAGGCUCACCGGUGGCUUUACCGAGAGGUCGGUGACAUCUUGGUGCUCAAGUACCUCUCGUGGACCAUGUACCCCACGGCGCUGGCGGCCUUCUCCACCGGUUUCUCCCAGAGCAUCACCCCGCACUCGGGAGGCUCCGGCAUCCCGGAGCUGAAGACCAUCCUGACGGGCGUGGUGCUGGAGGACUACCUGGCCAUCCAAAAUUUUGGAGCCAAGGUGGUGGGGUUGACCUGCACCCUGGCGUGCGGCAGCACUGUUUUCCUCGGCAAAGUGGGUCCUUUCGUCCACCUCUCCGCCAUGGCCGCCGCGUAUCUGGGGAAGAUGCGGACCUCGGUUACGAGGGAGUACGAGGUGGGGAUCAAAUCCCCCCUAAACCCCCCCGUUUUUCCAGGGGUGCUUUUCAGCAUCGAGGUGAUGUCCUCCCACUUCGCCGUGCGGGAUUACUGGCGGGGCUUCUUCGCUGCAACCUGCGGCGCCUUCAUGUUUCGCCUCCUCGCCGUCUUCAACAGUGACCAAGAAACCAUUGCUGCUGUUUUUAAGAGCGACCUCAAGAUUGAUUUCCCCUUCGACCUCCUGGAGACCUUCUUUUUUGCAAUUUUGGGGUAAGGAGGGCCCUGCCUGUGCGGGUUGGGGGGCUGCGCCUCCCUCUUCUGCCGGCGCUGGCGGCUGGCGGCCGUCAAGGAGAACCGGCUCACAGCCAAGCUGCUGGCCACUGACAAGCCGGUCUACACGGUGCUGGUGGUGCUGCUCCUUGCCUCCAUCACCUUCCCGCCGGGGCUGGGGCAGCUGAUGGCCUCCAGGCUCACCAUGAAGGAGUAUCUCACCUCCCUCUUUGACAACCGCACGUGGGGCGCGCUGGUCCCCAACGCCUCCUCGGUGGCCGACGGCCCCGGCGUGGACCCUCGGGGGCUGUGGCAGGAGUGGUGCCACCCCUCUGCCACCAUCUUUGGCACCUUGGCCUUCUUAUCCUACCAAGUGGUGGUGGAGGAGUUCAUGGAGUGCCGGGUGGUGGCCUUGGCCAAGGGCGGUGGCUUCGAGGAGGUGCUGGUGGCCUUGGAUGCCUCCGCCGAUGCCGAAUACCCCGUGGUGGAGAGCGCAGGGUCACCCACGCUGCUGGGCACCGUCAGCAGAGCCCAGCUGGUCGCCUUCCUCCAGAGCCACCAGCACCCCCAGGCACCCCCGGGGGACAAGGUUUGGGAGGGGGGGGAAUGCAUCCUGAUGGGGCCGGGAGCCACCAAAGCCCACCCCCCCACCCCCCCAACUCCAUGUCACAGCGAGGGGACGUGGUGGGGGUGGCUUUGUCCCCACGCGCUCCCGUUGUCACCUCCCCAAGGCCCCGCCGGCUAUGCCCUGGCCGGCGCAGCCGCCUUUUCGGGCUCGGUGACUCAUGCCAUCUCCACGGCUUUACUGGUCUGUGAGGCCACCGGUCACCUGGGCCAUGUCCUCCCCGUCAUCCUGGCCGUGCUGGUGGCCAACGCCAUCACCCAGAAGCAUCAGCCAUCCUUCUACGAUGGCACCAUCAUCGUCAAGAAGCUGCCCUACCUGCCCCCCAUCCGCAGCCGGCACAUGGCGUAA